CGCCUCUUGUUUUCUCGUGCUUUCAUCUCUGUUCUCUCUUUCUUUUUAGGGUUACUUUGUCUCUUAAUUUUCCAUGGCGGCCGCAGACGUUGAGUUCAGAUGUUUCGUCGGUGGUCUCGCUUGGGCCACCACCGACCAAUCGCUCGAGGAGGCCUUCUCUCAGUACGGCGAUGUUGUCGACUCGAAGAUCAUCAAUGAUCGCGAGACUGGCAGAUCUAGGGGUUUCGGAUUCGUGACGUUCAAGGACGAGCAAUCGAUGAGGGACGCAAUCGAGGCGAUGAACGGCCAGAACCUCGACGGCCGCAGCAUCACCGUCAACGAGGCCCAGUCACGUGGAAGCGGUGGCGGAGGCGGUGGUGGUUUCCGCAGCAACGGUGGUGGUGGUGGACGCCGUGAAGGCGGUGGCGGGUACAGUCGCAGCGGUGGCGGCGGUGGAUAUGGUGGCGGUGGCAGCGGUGGAUACGGCGGUGGCGGUGGAUAUGGUGGUGGUGGUGGACGGGAACGUGGUUAUGGUGGUGGUGAAGGUGGUGGUUCCCGUUACUCUAGGGAAGGCGGUGGUGCUUCAGAUCGCAGCUGGAGGAGUUAGAUUUUUAGAAGUUAGGGUUAGGAUCUCAAGGGUUUGGUUGGUUGGGGUCUCUAUGCAUCGUUUUGCUUGGAUUUGGGUGCUCUCUAUGUUAUUUUAUGGUUAUGGUUCUCUCUAUGUUCAAGUGUUACCGUCUUUUUUGACCGUUGGUUCUCGGUGUUUUUGGUUUCGAAUAUGAUAUGAAUGAAAGGUUACUUUUUAGAAAUUA